ACCUUUGCGAACCCAGCAAAGCACUGGGCGUUGCUUGCCCGGCACGACGCAGUUUGUGAGUGGGCGGGACCGCGGCCAGGCCGGCCCAGGCAGUGCCGCUCAGGGCCGGGCGUCCCCAGGUCGGCGGCGGUGUCGCGGAGCCGGGACGCGCGAGUGGAAGAUAGAAAGCAGCGUGUGGCAUGAGACGACAGGGUUUCUGACAGCCCAUGUUAUGACUCUUCCCAGAUCAGCAUGCCGAGCGAGGGACAAGGAUCAUUCGUCCCACAAAGACAACUUAGCAGUCACGGCAGUUGCUCUACAAGAUCACAUUCUACGUGAUCUUCAACUUGGAAAUCUUUCGCUAGCUGGUCAUGUUAAGCCAAAUGUUCAAAAGAAAGAGAACCAGGCAAAGUCUCUAAAAAGAGAUGCAAAAGCAGUGAUAGAUACUGGACUUAAAAAACCUCCUGAGGACUCCAGGGUGCAAGAUCCGGAAAAGGAAUACGUCCUGGACCCCGUCCCACCUCCGCUGACUUUAGCGCAGAAGCUGGGCUUGUUUGCGCCUCCCCCGCCGCCACUGUCACCAGCCGAGUGGGAGAGAGUGAAGCAGAGGUCCGUCCUGCAGGGCGACUCUGCGCAGCCGUGCCCCAUAUGCAAGGAAGACUUCCGGCUCCACCCGCAGGUGCUGCUGUCCUGCUCCCACGUGUUCCACAGGGCGUGCCUGCAGGCCUUUGAAAAGUUCACAAAUAAGAAAACCUGUCCUCUGUGUCGACGGAACCAGUACCAAACCCGGGUGAUCGGCGACGGGGCCCGCCUGUUCAGAGCCCAGUGCGCGGCGCGAAUCCAAGCCUGCUGGAGGGGCCACGUUGUCAGAAGGUGGUACCGCAGCGUGAGGAAGGCCACGCCUCCCGCCGACCCCGCGUUGCGGAGGAGAUUCUUCGAAGGAAAGUUCCUGCAGGUCAGCCAGCGCAUCCUGCGCUCCUUCAGCACCGACGUUGAAGAGCUCUUCGCCGAGAUCGACCACUGCCUGGCCGUCAACCGCAGCAUUCUCCAGCAGCUGGACGAAAAGUGUGGCCCCGAGCUCACGGCCGAGGACUGGGAGACCAUCCAAGCGCAGGCUGCUCACCGCGAGAUCUCCGAGUGCUCCAUCUGCCUGACACCACUCGGCCCGCACGGGGGCAGCCGGCAGCCCCGAGCCACAGUCCUGCUGUCCUGUGCACACCUGUUCCACCACGCCUGCCUGCUGGCCUUGGAGGAGUUCUCGCUGGGAGACAGCUCACCUCUCCUUGCCUGUCCUCUCUGCCGGGCCUGCUACCGAAAGAAAAUCCUUGAGUGGUGAAUUCCUGCUCAGGGGGCUGGGGAGAUAGCUCUGCAGCUUAGACACCUGCCUGGUCCCCCCAAAAAGAAUUCCUGCUCAGGACAACUGGCAUAAUUUGAAGGGGAAAAAGCCUGCCUGGGUUUUCGAUGAACCCCAUGUGGGCUGGGGUCAAGUCCCACAAGUGCUUGUUUCCAGGCUCACAUCUCUUGGCAGGUCUAGCAUAUAUAGGAAAUGUAACUAUAUUUUAAAAGCUGAAAACCAACCCAUCUAAUUUGAGCUUUUAGUCUAUAAAAAGUAAAAACAAAUUCCAGAAUUGUGAGUUUAAUCACUUGAUAUGAAGAGUGGCAUUGCUGAAAAAUCUAGCUAGUGUUUGGUCGACAGCUAGGAAAUCUUCUGAGCACAUCCCAGAUGUUUUCCACUAAUGGGAGUCUCACAGCCUCUGUGGUCUUCAUGCCUGCUUUGCAUAAUCACGUUAUUUCUGUGUGAGAGACUCCUGUUGUAGCUGAGCACUUCAAAUGUGUAAAUCUAGGAAAUAAAUAUUCCAUGGCAUUCGACGUCAGAAAAUGGCAACUCAGACUUUAACGAAGCAGUAGAUGCCGUAGAUCGUAGCAGAUCCCUUGAGUGGGUGGUUUCUGAUGCUGA